AACCGGGGCUACGCGGCCAGCUGCAGAGUCAAGCGUGUUACCCAGAAGGAGGAACUGGAGAAGCAGAAGGCAGAGCUGCAGCAAGAAGUGGAGAAGCUGGCCUCCGAGAACGCCAGCAUGAAAAUGGAACUCGAUGCUCUCCGCUCCAAAUAUGAGGCUCUCCAGAACUUCGCCAGGACCGUGGCCCGGAGCCCCGUGACCCCUGCGCGGGGGCCUCUCGCCUCCAGUAUGGGGCCCCUGGUCCCUGGGAAGGUUGCUACCACUAGUGUCAUCACAAUAGUGAAAUCCAAAACGGACGCCCGGUCUUAG